AUGCCAGAAGACGCCCCUCCACCAGCGGCCAACCAGGCUGGCCGCGCCAUCCCCGUCGGCCUCAAUGAAGCAGCACUCGAUUCCCCGACUUUUCGUGUAACCGCUGCCAACUUUGGCGAUCAAGUCGAUGCUAUAGAAAAAUGGCUCAACGGAUAUGCUCAGUCGACGUCGAAGCUACUGCACGAUAUCCUCGCCCUCGAAGAGACGAUUAAUACCUUUCUCGUGAAGACGAUGCCCUCGGCGGCUGACGGCGUUGUCGAUAAUGAUUAUACAUUUCUGGCUCUGAAGAGGGUGGGCGAUGGAUGGCGUGAGUAUUGGAUACAGAUGAUAAGCACAAUGAAGAAGAUGGAAGGCCUAGUUGUCGACCCUAUUCGGCAGUUCAUCGUUGGCGAUCUCAGGAACUUCAAGGAGUGCCGGAGAGCUAUGGAGCAGGCGCAGCGAACGUUUGACUCGACACUCGCUCGAUACGUCAGUCAGUCAAAGACAAAGGAGCCCUCAGCUCUGCGCGAAGACGCCUUUGCUGUUUUUGAGACACGAAAGGCAUACCUCAAAGCCUCGAUGGAUUACUGCCAGCUUGCACCACAGCUGCGCUUUAGUAUGGAUAAGCUGCUUGUCAAAAUAUGCAGUGAACGUUGGAGCCAGCUGCGGCGUGCCAAAGAAGCAGCAAUCGAGACUACACGCUGGAAUCAUGAAAUGGAGCGCAUACAGGGUUGGUCGAAUGAAAUGGGAGCGUCUGAGAUGGUCUUCAGACGAGAGUUGCAGUCUGCCAGGAGAGAGAUUGGAGAAAAUGCGCUCGCAGGAUUUAAGCCGUCCCGUGAGCUCGAGGACUACAGCACUUCAACUGUUCCUUUCCUUGGUACUCGUGGCCCUAUCACUGUUCGUCUUGAAGAGGGUGCCACAGUUGUCUCUGAAAAGCAAGGAUGGCUGUUCCUGCGGGUGCUUUCAGGGAAGCCAGCAAGGCAUACGUGGAUCAGGAGAUGGUACUAUUGCCGUGAUGGCAUCUUUGGUUGGCUGAUACCAGGACCUCUGGGAGUUCUUCAGGGUGACGAGAUUGGAGUUCUACUUUGUAAUGCAAAGCCGGCUGUGGCUGAAGACAGACGCUUCUGCUUCGAGGUUAAGACCAAGAGCCAGACAAUCCUUCUCCAGGCAGAGACGCAGGGCGAGCUGACCGAGUGGUUGGAGGUUUUUGAGGUUACCAAGAAGCGGGCUUUUGAAACCAGCAUGAACAGAACUAGUGCUUCUCUUCCCGGUUCCGUCGAUCCUGCGUUUUCGAUCUCUCCCCCCAGUAUUCCUGAGUUCUCUGCCAAGGCCCUUGACGCACAGAUCGGUAUCUACGAUGAAUCAAGCCCUAAUAUUGACCGGGCAAACACACUGCCUAUUCCAGGACCAGAUGGUAACCUCAGUACACGACAGAGCUUUGACGUUAACGGCAGCAUCUCUCGUCGUACCAUCACUGCUCUGGGUCGAGACUUGGCUCGAGAGGAAGGCGAGAGUGGCCGUGAGCAUGCUGCCAGAAUCAUCCAGAAACUCGACCUGCAUCGCAAAGCGACUUUUGGCACUCAAGGUCCCGAAGCUGGACAGGGAGGUUCAGCUUCCACGGCUGGACUGGCUAGCAUGAUGGCUACUAGCCACACUCUACCGCCAGGAUUUCCAGGAUCUGUUGGAAGCACAACAAAUUUCAGGCAGACGCCUAGCAUGCUGCCAUCGGUUGACACCCAGGUUGGCAGUCUAGCUCCAGCAACACUGGCUAAGCCCCCCUCGAUGACUGGAUUGAGCCGCAUUGCAGUUCUGGCAGCAGGAGAACGCCAACCUGUGGGUAACAAUAGGAAACUCCCUGCAUCUGUGGUUGCGAACUACUGGGGAACAAGUCUCUGGGGUGCAAUGAACGCACCGCCUCAACCCGUCCUUCCCAGACUCGAUGAGGAUGACCCGAUUGGUGUUGUCGUUCCUGGAAGCACUGUAGGUCAAGGUGUUCAGCGGAAGGACGGUGGCGAAUACUUCCCCCGAAACUAUCCCCCAGAGUUGAGAGCGCAACAUGCACAGUUUCGACUACUUUUCCCAGAUGCGCCCUUGGAGGAGAAGCUGGUGCUUGUCUUCCGAGCCGCCUGGACUGGGUCUCCUGAGCGAGGGCCAGGCAAGCCAGACAUGGCGGGCGAUGGCCGUAUAUACAUUACACCCGACAAUAUGUACUUCUACGGACAACAGAUAGGACUCGUCACGGCCUACAGUAUCAGUCUUGAUAUCAUUAGCGAAGUAACGGCAGCCCCAGGCAGGGACUGCGACUUCAUUUUCCUGCACCUGAAUGAAAACGCCAACGAAACAGGAUAUACCAGGAUCACUAUCAAAGUCUUCUUGGAGGACCUUGGUCUCCUCCACACUCGCCUCAACCUACUGAUCGACGACAUCCAGGCUGAGGAGCCCAUGGAUGUUGAGGCGAUCAUCACCACCUUGGUCAACCUCGAAAAGGAAGAGUAUGACCGCCCAAGUCCCAGUGUCGAAAGCUGGGAAGAGGUCUCGGCAAAUACGCCCAUGGAUGACGGUACUUCGAUGGGACGGCCUGUUGCUCGACGUAUGGAGUUCAGCCCUCCGCUUCGUCUUUCGAGAUCGAGAGUUCGACAUAACCAUAAACUUCAUUUGCCAGCUCGUCCUGUCAUUUAUGAGCCAGAGGGCAUGAAGGAGAUGGCGGCUGAGCGACACUUUGAAAUUAGUGCCAAGUCCUGCUUCCAUGUUUUGUUCGGUGACAAGAGUUUUGUAUUCCCAAAGCUGUACUUUGAACGACGUGCUCAGCAGAUCGCCCAGGGACCUUGGGUUCUGGUUGAUCAAGGCAGGAUGAGACGUGACUUCCAGUUCAAGGUCGACUAUAAAGAUGUGUUAGGUCGGUCCAAAACGGCCGAUGUCAAUGACUACCAGAUCAUCGAUGUCUUUAGCGAUCACGUUACGUACGUGGUAACUCAUGUCAAGACGGCCUGGCAUCUGCCUCACUCAAGCUGGUUCAAGGUUGUGACCAAGAUUGUCAUAACGCAUGUGGCCAAGUCCAAGUGCAAACUAGCCAUCUACACAAAAACGGAUUGGUCGAAAAACCCAGCGCUCUCCAAGAACCUGAUUGACCGCCAAGCCAUUCACGAUGCUGCGAGUGACGCUGAAGGGUUAGCUGAGGUUGCCACGGACCAAGUUCGAAAGCUUGGAACUCGAAGCCGAACAAACAGAGCAAUUCAGGUGUACGGUCAGAUUGGGCAACAGACAGAGGUGGUGGUCUUCUCGCCUGCUGCGACAGAUUCAACAAAGAAGCAGGCCAUCAAACCUCGAACCCUGACGACGAUGGUGUUUGAGACGAUUCGGUCUUUGGGGGAGAGCGCUGUAUCAUCACUCAUCAUGUGGGCUAUUGCUGUGCUGCGCAACUUGUUCAACUUGAUUACAGCUCAGUGGAUCAUCCUUGCGCUUCUCGCAUUCAGCACCCUUACAAAUCUCCUGCUAACGUCGAGCGAGACAUCGACGUGGUGGAGAGAGCGAAGAGCAGCAGGUUUCAUGCAAAACAUUGGGGUUCGACCCAAUUCCAUGAUGAGCAAGGCCAUAUACUUUGCGGAUCUGGAUGCAGCAUCGGGGACUAAUCAAGGGUUGUCUUUUCCCGAGAACAGCACAUGCUUCUCGACCUUUAAGGAUCUACUGGAUACGACAGAUAUAGAUACGCCCUGGGAGGAUGCUGGUGCUAGUUUGACUACACCUACUAGUCGUGCUACAGCCCGUCGACUUCGACGGACUCGACAACGGCUAGGAUCAUAUCGACAUGAUUUGUUAGUAGCCAUGAGGGUUGUCAACAGCAUUGAGCGAGAGAUGCUACAGUCAGAAUGGGAGAAUUGGUUGGUAGACGAAAAGUUCCUUUGUGAUGAACUGGAUACUAUGCUUCAGCAGCAGGGCGACGUAAAGGGGCGGAAGAAAGGAGCAGAAGCCGGCAAGGGGUCACAAAAGGUCAUGGAGCCUAUACCGGCUAAGAGAAGGCAGGCCCUUGAGCAGUGGCGGGAUACUUACUGUGGGAGCUGUAAGCAGGACUACCAGGUUGUGAUGAAGGAUCGGAAGUUGUCGAUUAAAUACUCAUGCAGAUCUAUACCAGAUUAUCCUCACUGUCUGUCUAUUUCUAUGGGGGGUAAUCAUCACGAACCUCUCGGGGCUAUGGGCCCUGUUGAGUGGGAACAGGUGCCCCAAGACGACCUUGACGAGUUCCUCGCCGAUAUUCUUUCCGAGACGCAGACCGUAGUGGAAUCUAUUCCAGUGCCAGCCAAGAAGGAAGCUUCAAGCUCUGCAGGACGAGCUCGAUCCAAGACGGAGUCGGCGGCUUCAGGUCCUGAUAUCAAACGAGCUUUGACCCUGCGACAGAAAGCUGAAGCUAUCAGCCAGGCACAAGAUCUGCAGAAGGAGUGGAAGGAGAUUAAAGUCAGCGCGAAGGAGAAUCCUCUCGGGAUCAACGUCUAUAAACUGAGCGCCAAAGAUGGGCGCGGCGCAUGGUUUGCUCGGCGGAGUGUACACGAAGGGCUUUCCUUUGACGACUGGAAGAAGGGCCUUGCUGUUGAGUUUUCAGAGACGAUGAAGGUCCAAGGUGCUCCUGGAAGUGGCAAUAUCCGUGGUAUAGGUGCCGAUAAGCAGGUGGAGGACAAGCAGAUUGGUGAUCAUGGCCAACUGCAAGUCUUUCAACUUUCUGCCCAGUUCCCUGGUCCGACCGCCCCGCGAGACUUUGUGACUCUUCUCCUGACUUCCGAGACCUCCGUAAAACCCGGCCAAGGAUCCCGGCCCCUCCGACAGUACAUGAUAGUCUCAAAACCUUGCGAGCACCCAGAGUGUCCUCCCCGCCAGGGCAUUAUUCGUGGCUAUUACGAAUCAGUUGAAGUAAUUCGUGAAGUCCCGGUCGACAACUUUGCCUCUAAGAGAUCUCUGUCGUCGGCGGAUCUGCUGGAUCGAGACGAGGGGAGGAUAUCAAGCUCGAAACCUGGCAGCGAGGGUCACGGUUCAGUGCCCCUUGACGAACCUGCCACGGCUGUUGAAUGGCUCAUGGUGACUCGUAGUGACCCUGGCGGCAGUGUCCCGCGCUUUCUUAUCGAGAAGGGGACACCACCGGGCAUCGUGGGUGACGCUGGCAAGUUCCUUAAGUGGGUGACUUCGAAGGCUAUGCAUGGAUUUGUUGAGCCGGAAGAGACUGGCGAAGCAAAUAAGACUGCUCAAGGCACUGAGGCAUCUAUAAAGAACGAUGCAAAGCCCACAGUUGCGCCGAAACCUACUACUAAUAUUGAAAACACCAAGGCUGAAACUUCCAUGUCUCCAAGUCAAGACGACCCUUUCCCUGGCAGUAAUGGGCUGUAUGGUGUUAUAGCUGGUGCUAUAGGGGCUGCCAGUUCCUAUAUUCCUACAAGCCUGCUCAAGACCUGGGGAACUGGUUCUGAUCUCGUGUCCACUGACGGGAGUGUAUCCGACGCUCACGCGAUCGCUGAGGAGCAACAUGAUGACGACAGCGACACCUCUUCGAUCCGAAGCUUUGCGUCAGCCCUUGAGAAGAGUGUGACCGCCGAGAACAAAUCUCCCGAGAGUCUUGUCGAGUCCCAAUCGGAAACAUCCCGCUCCAAUCCGCAACAAUCACAACAGUCACUAGCCGAUAAGGAACUCAAAAAGCUUGAACAAAAGAAGAAAAAGCUUGAUGAGAAGAUGGCUCGUCUUGAGGAGCGUCGACAGAGCAAGCUUCUUGGGGACAAGGAGAAGGAUGCUGCUACACUGGCUAAGUUGCGUGAGAAACAUGAAAAGGAGGUGGCUAAGCAGGAAGAGAAGUACCGCCGCGAGAUGCGCAAGCUCGAGGAGAAGCGUGAACGGGACCAGCGCAAGGCUGAAGAGCGACGUCGCAAAGCAGCUGAGCAGGAAGAGAAAAACAACCUCUCGCUUGAGCUUGAGCGCGUCCGUACAGAGCGAGAUGUUGCUCGCCGUCAGAUCGAGCUUCUUGAAGGACAGGUUGGCGAGUUACAGGCACAGAAUACGAUGCUCGUCCGCAAGCUGGGUAAGAACGGGCUGCUGGACAGUCCAGGUUCUCCAUCACCGUCCAUUAAGAGCAUUCAGAGAGCCCACACAGAUGUUUGA